UUGCCAAUUACCCAUGUUGCCAUGCCAGCGAGAAAAUGUAAACCAAAACAAAAUCCAAUGUAAACAGAGCUAACAAUAAGAUUGAACAAUUUUCAAUAAAACUUCAGUUAAACUUCAGAAUAUUAUUUUUUACAAUGGACUCUGACAAUGAGUCUGAAAGUAAAAGUCCUUUAACCCAACCCGACACGGGCGAUUUAAUGAGCCUUUACUGCACUUUAGGCAGAGGAAUGCACCCAUUUGUUUUGGCAGAGCUGGCUCAGAUGAAUGACGUAAGAAUUUUGAAACGGAUCGAAGGAAGUAUUUUCUUUUCCGUGCCAUCAACACUUGGACACAAAGAGCUUAUUUUGAAGACGGCUGAAAGGACGUUGGUCAUGGCCUACCACGAUAAACAAACUAUUGAUCCGGACAUACCUGCUCCUGCAGGCAUUCUGCAACUGCAAAAAAUUCUAACAGAGAAGAUUGACUGGGACAAAAUUUUUGAAAUCUGGAUCAUCCUGAAGGGUUCCAACCCAAAAAUGACAGAGAAGGUCACGGCCAGACUGAAUAUUAAAUCAACAGGAAAAAUGAGGAAAAUCUUCAAGCCAGAGAGAAUUGCAAGUUGCUUGUGCAGAAGACUGAAGCGCAUGACCAAGUCAAUGGAUUUUGUAACUAGAGGUGCUGAAAUGUCCAUCGACCUCAAGAUUACAGAUUCCUUCCUCACUGUUGGUGUGGCUCUGACGUCGACCAGUCAAGCGUCCGGUGGAAAGGACUACGGACUUCGCAGCACAACAGCCAGUGCUAUGGCAAUGUGUCUCACAAUAAACUCUGAAUCUGCAGAAUUUUUCAAGGAUAACAUUGUCAAAGGCUCCAUCGUCCUGGACCCUAUGUGUGGAAAGGGGAGCAUUCCCUCAGUUUUAAGCUCUGAGGUUGUGCGGAUCGGCACCGACUGCGACCCUGCUCAAGUAAAUAUUGCCAAAAGAGUCCCCGGAGCUUUGCUCUUGUUGGCAGACGGAGCAAAUCUUCCUUUCAAGCCAGAGUUUAUUGACCAUAUAGUUUGUGACCUGCCUUUUGGACUCAAAUUUAACAAAGAUAAUGUGACGACUUUGGUUCCGAGUGUUUUGAAGGAAACGUUUCGAGUUUUAAAAUACCAAGGCAAAGCCAUUUUUCUAUUUUCAAAAAGUGAAAGAGACUUAAUUACUGAAUGUGCUCAAAGUAUAGGACUAAAUUUAAUAACCACUUUUGAGGUGAUGUUGGGAGUACUGCAAGCAGUGAUCUAUGUUUUUAAAAAGAGUAUUAAAAUCGACCAAGACUGACCUAAUGCCUAAUUUUUUUUUAAACUUCAUUUAGGUAGUAAGAUGUAAAUAAGAUUUACGCUGCGUUAAGCAUUCUUAAACUCAUCAACUAAAUUUGCACUCUCUGAAGUCCAGUUUGAAGAUUACUAGUUCCCAAAAUCAUUGUAAUUAUUGUCUGGAUUUAACGAUUUUUUAUUUAAAAAAAAAAAAAAUGAUUGUUUGAUUAUUAUACAAUUUCGGCAGAGAUCAGUCCCAAA